AUGGUCACCUCUCAAAGCGCACUCGAUGGAGAUUCUGAGUUGGGCCGCUCUCGUGCGGAGCCCGAAGACACCAUCAAGAACUGGGACCUCUGGCCACGGCGCCUCCAGACCUGGCUGGACCAGUUGGCGAACCCCGAUCCACUGGCCCAGCUGGCGAAGCCCGAUCGACUGGCGCCGUCCCGCUGGAAGGAAGCACCCAUGGUGCUGACGCUGCAGCAGGCUGCACGCGGAUUCAAGCACCUGGGCAGCCAGAGCCCGACGGCCGCAGCCUGCGUGAAUGCACUGUGCGCAUGCCUCCCGCUCGCCUCGGCAUGCAGAGAUUACUCCACGCCCACCUCGUCUCCUCUCUCCUCCAGCCUUCCCUCGUCCCGGCCUUCCUCGCUCGAUUCCAGUCUUGGGCACUUGCGGGCAUUAUUUUCACAAUAA